ACCUCCCAGGAAAGGAUCAAGGUCUCCAGGUGAGGCGGAUCUGGGCGCCAAGAUGGCUAGAGGGAGUCCCGGUCCGUGGUUUGUGCUCUGGGUCUGCUUGGUGCUGGCGGUGGACUUAAGCAAAGGGCAGGAGGAAAAACCCUUUGGUGAAAUGUGCCUGGAGGACUUUACAGCAGGGAUGCCGGAUUUCGUGCUGGAUACGGACGCCUCUGUCCAGAAUGGAGCCACUUUCUUAUCAUCCCCCAUGGUCCAUCGGAGCAGGGACUGCAUGAGAGCCUGCUGUAAGGACCCCGCUUGUAACCUAGCUCUUGUGGAGCAGGUCCCGGGCACAGAGGACGACCACAUCCAGGGCUGUUUCCUCCUCAACUGCCUCUACGAGCAAGCUUUCGUCUGCAGGUUUGCCAGGAAGAUCGGCUUUGUGAACUUCUUGAGGAAGGACGUGUACGAUUCCUACCAGACGAUGCAGAAUCACGGAUCUGCUGACGACCAUCCUCCCAUCGCCCGCACUGCCAAGGACAUGAGGGUGCAGCCCGGGGAGCCGGUGAUGCUGAGGGGCACAGAGAGCACGGACGACCGAGGGAUAGUCAGAUACGAAUGGAAGCAGAUCCUUGGUGACACCUCUGUGGAGAUGAAGAAUCACCAAGAGGAUCAGGUAGAAAUCUCCAACCUGCAGGCGGGGACUUACGUCUUCCAGCUUACCGUCACGGACACUGCACAACAGCAAGACUUUACCAACAUCACCAUCAUGGUGCUGAAUUCUGAGCAGACUGAAGAGCACUGCUUGACUCCUAAGAAGGUGGGUUGGUGCCGAGGGUCUUUUCCACGCUGGUUUUACAACCCCAGCCUUCAGCAGUGUGAGGAGUUCAUUUUUGGUGGCUGCAAGCCCAACAAGAAUAACUACUUACGAGAGGAGGAGUGUCAGCUUGCCUGCAGGAAUGUCAGAGGUUCUGUUGGUGGGCGACAAGAGCCAGUGUGCAAUGGGAACUGCCAGUCCCCCUACUUCAGAUGCAAGGAUGGCUGCUGCAUUGAUGCCUAUCUGGAGUGUGAUGAAACUCUUGACUGCGCUGAUGGGUCGGACGAGAUGUACUGUGAACGAUAUGCUCGGGAGUUCAACAGACUGCAGAAACUCAAUGUCACACACAAGCAAGGUCACUGUGUGGACUUGCCUGAUACCGGACAGUGCACCGAGAGCAUCCCCCGCUGGUACUAUAACCCGUUCUCUGAGAAGUGUGACCCCUUCACCUAUGGGGGCUGUGGUGGCAACAACAACAACUUUCUAGAGGAGGAAGAGUGUAUGAAGUCAUGUUCAGGCAUCACAAAAGCGGAUGUCAUUGGCCGGCGGUGGGAAUUUGAAUCCCAGAAUGAUACCUUAAGUGCCUUUGAGGUCGUGAUUGCUGUGCUCCUGGGGGUCUGCAUCAUGGUGGUGCUGGUGAUCAUUGGCUACUUCUUCCUGAAGAGCAGGAAGAAGAACAGCCGCCGCCGUCAGCCAGCCACUGCUACCAACUCGACCCUCUCCACCACAGAGGACACUGAGCAUCUCUUUUACAGCAGUGCCACCAAACCAGUCUGACCUGCAGCCUCUCUCUGCAGCCCAGCACUGGGGCAUUCCCCAGCACUUCUGCAGUGCUGUUGCUAGGCACGGGUCUGUGCCUGCAGGACUGUUUCUCUUUGAAGACAUUUGUAGCAAGAGGCCAAGAUCUAGCCGUGAUUUGGCAGUGCUAGUGUUUGUGAUUGUCUUGGCUAAAGGGCUGCCCUGGAAAGUGAGGUUCUGGGAGCAUUUUGACGCUCACUGAUGUCUAUCCCUUCCUAAGCCCAAACCAUCCAGUGAAACUCUGAAUUGCAUCUUUCUUCCUGCUCAAGCCCAGAGCACAACUCCGCUCAACUUACCGAUGGACCCUGGGACUGGAUCUGGGUAGCAUUCACACUGGUGAGUGGUGCAAGCUCAGCAGAGUCAACAGUUUUUUUGUUGGCAGUGCCACUUACUCCACCCAGCCUUGUAUUUUCCUCCCUUUGCCCAGUCCUCUGCAGGGUGACCCU